GGGAGCCUAUAGACUUUACAGGUUGGGAUUCCUGGGUUUGGGAGUGAUGUGCAUUUUGCAAGCCUCGCUAAAUGUCACCCUGCGCCUCUUCGCCAACAGUGCACAGCACAGUGCCAAUCUCACAAGUGAAGAAGACCGACUCCAGGCCAGUCUCAGAAGCCUGACUGAAGAGAAAGCACAGUUACAGCUCAAGUACGAGCAGCUGCUAAAGGAACUAGACCAGUCGUAUACAGAGACCCAAAUCUGCAACAACAAUCUGCAAAGAAAAGCAGAGACAGCCACCAGUCUCAUCAGUCACCUGACCCCAGAGAAAGUGCAGUUACAGACGAGAAAUGAGCAGCUGCAGAAAGAAUUGGACCAGACACGUGCACAGUUGCAGAACUACAAGAACAGCCUGCAAAGAAAAGCAGAGAUAGUAGAGAAGACGUGUCCGGCUGGGUGGAGGAGGAGAGGCAGCAGAAUGUACUUCAUCAGCAAAGGAACCAAUAGCUGGAGCCAGAGCCGAGAGGACUGCAGAGAGAGAGGAUCAGACCUGGUGAUCAUUAACAGCUCAGAUGAACAGAGAUUCAUACAAGCGCUGGGGAUGCAGGUGUGGAUUGGGCUGAGUGAGAUCAGUUCCAGGUGGACCUGGGUGGACGGGAGCUCACUGAACUCUGGGUACUGGAGGACUGGCGAGCCGAAUGAAUAUCGGAGUGGGGAGGACUGCGCUGAGAGUAAACCGGACGACGACUUUCUGAACACCUGGAAUGAUGAGCGGUGCCACGUCUCUCUGAACUGGGUCUGUGAACGAGAGGCCUGUUAAAACCCACAUACAGGAUUUUCGUAAAUCCCAGAGUUAAAGUUCAGUAAAGGAGUCCUACUUGUGGAAGAGACCAAAAAAAUACUGAUGUAUCAAUACCAAUAUAACAUGCAUAGUUGUUUAAAUGUUAUGCAAACACAGUGUGACGACAUAUUUUGCAACAUUUUUCUGAAUUAAGACAUUAUUUCACAUAUUUUACUCUAAUUUUACUCUGAAUUCUCCAUAUAGUUGAUUACUCAAUUAGUUGUUUAAAUGUUAAAAUUAAUUAUACUUUAUUUAUUAACCCUGUGAAACAUCUUUUACAGCGUACAAUCUCGAUAUGAAAAAGAAAAAAAUCUGAUUUUAUGUGGUUUCUGGCUGUACAGACAAUAAAAAAAUUAUCUGGAUACAAUCUAGAUAUGACAAAAAAUCUGAUUUGGGCUGGCUGUCUGAACAUAGCCAAAGAGUUUCGAAAGCCCUAUCUGUUCAGUAGCUCCUCCAUUUCCACUCACUGUUGUGUUUACUUGGAUCUCCAUGGAAGUGUGCAACCAAAGUGUAAUUAUGGUGCGUGGCAGUGGACAAAUCGCUAUUUUAUUAAAUACGAGGAGACGAAACUCAGAGAUGUAAAUCUGGACGGGACUAAAAUUACCAGAGGACCACGGAGUUCAGCACAAAACAGUAGAUAAUUCAGCCUGUAAUUUUAUUAGAGGACGUCUGAGAAAAACAUGGUCUUUCUGGACGGGAAUAAAAUCACAGAGGACCCUCUUAUAAAAGAGAAAAUUACCCCAGAACCCCCUGAGAAACUAAUCCCAUCCAGAUAGAGCUUAAUAGAUAUUUUUGUUUCUCUCACUAAAGUUUACUUCUAGAAACCAUAGCAUGGGUUUAUCAACCCAAUGCUGUGUAAAUAUAGAUGGCCUUGAUUGGCUGUUCUCUAUUUGAUCUCUUUCUGAUGCAGUCCAGGUUAAACCCCUCUUCUAACAUGAGCAUGAAUGCCUGGAUAAAUAUCUGUUGGGUUUUUAUAACAUCAUAAAAACAACAACAUUGGGGAGAAAAGAUUCCUUUCUUAAACAUGAAAAAUUCCACAGAAUUUCUACUAUACAAAAUCCUAUAUAAGGCAAAAAAAUGACUGAAGGAGUAGGAUCUAUCCUGAGUGUGAAGUGUAGAGUGUAGAAGAAGAGUUCUAUCAGUAGAGCUGAGAAACUAAGACUAUACUUUCAGGGAUCAUUUCUAUAGUUUAUAACUUGGAAAGUUGUUCUGAAAGUGUUACGUCUCUCUAUCCACGAUGACGAGUCCUGAUACUUCUUUCUGAGCGUGAAUCUGAUGGAGAGUGAUGAGUAAAAUCAUCUGUUCUUUAUCAUUGAUGAACGUUCCUACUGUGUUUCACAGUCUGGAGGAAAGAAGUAUGAUCAGAGUGGUUAUUAAGCUCUUUGUUUGUGUUUAUAAAAGAAUAUUUUCUUAUGCCAGUGUUUAAAAACUCCAGCAGCACAGCUGUAUCUGAUCCUCUCAAUUAUACCAACACAACACACUCUACUAACACACCUCACACACCACCAUACCAGUGUUACUCACUGCAGUGCUGAGAAUAAAUGACCCACCAUUUGAAUAUCUGCUCUGCUGUGUUUUUCUCUCCUGUGGGGUUCUGACUAUAGAAAAAAUGAAGAGUGAAGAGGAGAAUAAUAAAACUAUUAAUAAAGUAAACAGAGAAACAGAUACAGAACUAAAGUCUGUAAUUAUAGAAAAUAUCCAAAGUGUUCUUAUACACUCAGUGAAGCUGCAAACAUUUUAAAUGCAUGUAGAAACACGAAAUAUGUAUAACAUAUACAUAUAUAUAUAUGUGUGUAACAUAUAUAUAAAAGAAUAAAAAAACACUCUGGAAAUGAUUUUUAGUUUGUUUUUAGUAUCUUUCUUUCUACUGUUUGUAUGUAACCACUCUGCUCAUACUUCUUUCCUCCAGACUGUGAAACACAGUAGGAACGUUCAUCAAUGAUAAAGAACAGAUGAUUUUACUCAUCACUCUCCAUCAGAUUCACGCUCAGAAAGAAGUAUCAGGACUCUUCAUCGUGGAUAGAGAGACGUAACACUUUCAGAACAACUUUCCAAGUUAUAAACUAUAGAAAUGAUCCCUGAAAGUAUAGUCUUAAUUUCUCAGCUCUACUGAUAGAACUCUUCUUCUACACGCUACACUUCACACUCAGGAUAGAUCCUCCUCCUUCAGCUCUGAGAUCACCAAUACAACACAUCUGAAUAUAUGUAUAAAACAUAUUUAAUGUACCUAACGGACUGGACCACAUUUUGGAGUAUAUUAAACAUAUACCAAUUAAAGGGGCACUAAACCCCUGAUUUUAGCUGACUCCACCCUCAGAUCAAAUUUGAAAAAGGAGUAGUUUGGGAGGGACACUGGGUGAUGUAUGGGUUUAGGGAAAGGGCAGGAGAGCAAGCUGAUUGGCUGAGCUGCAGCAACAGCAGCAGCAGUGUGCCUCUGACAGCAGUGAAACACAGAUGGUUGAACAUCUUUUAAAUUAAGAUUCAAUAUUGACAUAAAACAAUGUAUACUGUCACCCAUACAAAACAAACAAUGCUAUCAAAAACAAAGAAAACAAUAAACUUAUUAAUCAAUCUUU